AUGAAUUCAGAAUUAUAUGAUUGUCAUUCAUUAUUACAAAGUUUAGCAACACUUGAAGAUAUUACCUCACAAUUCCUAGAUGAUGAGACAAACCACUUAUAUCAUUGUUCCCAAAAGAAUAUUGAUGAGCUUAAUGACUUAAUUAACAAUAUUGGAAAGGUAUGUAAACGAAGAUACACUAGUCAAUAAAUACUAACUUUUCUAGCAUCCGUUAUUAGAGGCUGAAUAUUAUGUUGAUUCUCAAAUGAAAGUUUUGCAUGAGACUAAUAAGAGAGCCACCAAGUUCACCACCGAAAGAGCUAUUGUUUCAUCUGCCACUAAUGAGAAUGAUCUAUGCAUUAAUGAAAUGACAAUACUGAUCUCAAAUAAGCUAAACGAUAAUUUUCUUUCUAUGGAUGUGAGCUCAGCUGCUGAAAAAUUGUCAGAAGAAGCAGCGGUUGAAAGUUCAAAUAAGACGAAAAAAAGAAGAAGAAGGUUAGACAAAGCUGCUACCACUAUACUUGAAAAGGUGUUUGCAACAUGUCCAACUCCAAAUAGAAGAGAAAGAGAAUUCAUUGCACAAAAAUGUGGUGUAGAGCCAUUGCAAGUUAGGGUUUGGGUAUGUCAUUAAUCUAUGUAUAAUUUCAAGGUGCGUACUAACCGUUAGAUCUAGUUUACAAACAAGAGAAUGAGAGCUAAGCAAUCUAAGAAAAAGUUAGAAGAAUUGGAAAAAUUUACAGUCACUUUACCAGGUCCUAUUGCAGAGCAAAGUGCAACUAGUUUUCAAUUAGAUUAA